GCGUCGGGAGCUGUCCUUUUCGUCUCGGUGACGGUCUUGUUCGGCCUGACUUGCUAUCGAGUGCGUCGGUCGAAGCGUCGGGCCGGGCCCAAGAGCGACGACCGCCAGUCGUCGCCUCUUCCCUCCCAACUGGCCCACAUGGAGACGGGCAAAGUGUCCGCGAGUCCAGGCGAGCCCGGCCUCUGUCGGUCGUGUCGUCCGCUGCCUCGAGACGUCGGGCCUGCCUACACCGCAGCCAAGUACCCCUCGUCCGUGUGGCUGCGUCGUCAACGCGUCUGCUCCCAGUGGGUCUGCCAGGCGGCUCAGUGUCUGGCCAUCUUCCUGCUCCUCAUCCUCCUCAUGAUCGCCUCGGUGCUCGGCGCCAUCACCACCUGUCAGCUCUACUACAACCUGGCGACCGAGGCGCACUACAACGCCUCGGUCGGCCUCUUAACUCCCGUCGAGUUGGCCAGCACCCGCGUCGACUCGCAUCACCUGUUGCCCAGUCUCUUCUUCGCCCUCUCCAGCCUGCGCCAGUACCUGACGGAGUUUGUCUCGCGCACUCGCGUCGCCACCAAGUCGGCCGUGGACCAGUUGAUAGUGGCCACGCAACACAUGCAGAACGACACGACGCUCAGCUUCAAUCAGCUCCUCUCGCAUCGUCUCGGCAUCGUGGACACCUUCCAGUUGGGCCGGCGUCUGGGCGGUCAAGUGAUCACGAUGAUGCAGGCCUGUCAGGCCAUUGUCAGCUCGACGGCCGCCUUCAAGAGCCAUCGCAACCGACUGACCGAAUUGAUGCCGACUCUGGCCAAGACGGUGAACCAGGUGGCCCUCGUCGAGUCCGUCUGUCCGGCCAAGUGUCAGCAGUUGUCGCGCCGCCUGCAAAGCCUCACGCCCGGGCUGCAGGAAGCUGAUGAGUUCACGUUCGCCGUCGCUUUUCUCUUCGUCACACGCAACCAGACCCCGGCCACGGUUCAGGCCGAGCUGGCCGAGGGCGAGCGCAUCUCCGAGGCGCAGUUGGCCAGAACUCACGAACGCAUGCGUCGGGAACUCGACAUCCCCGGCUCCAUCCAUCGCCUCGUCGACAUGCAAUGGGCCGACCUCGAGGCCGGUCUGGUCGGGGCGGUGGCCAGCAUCGAGGCGACGGCGCGUCUCCUGCAGCUGCGUCUGCAGCCCGGCCUGCGCCACGCCUCGGGCGGCCUCCUUCUGGCCGGCUGCCUGCUUUGGCUAUUCACUCUCCUGCAGGCCGUCACGGUUGGCUGGCUCGCCUGCCACUACCACUGCGUCCCGGUCGGCCUGUCCCGGCGACUGCGUCGGCGCGUCCGCCUCGCCGGCGCCCUCGGUCUCCUCCUCCUUCUCGGGCUGCUUCUGCUCGCCACCCUUCUCUUCCUCACCGCCGGCUACGCCUCCACCGAGGUCUGUCGCUACCUCUUGCCUGAACGCAGUAGCCUCCUGCCCACCGUCGACCCGAAUCGUGCGCCCCACUCGCCGGUCGUCUGGAGGCAACGUCGUCUCGUCCUCGACGUCUACCUCGACCGCUUUAUCGACCAGCAUUGGACGUCCCUGCAGAGCUUAACUGACCGUCUGCAACGCUCGAUGGCCGGCGCAAACGCCUCUGGCCGUCCCUUGCUGCCGCUGCCGCACGUCAGGAGUCCGAUUCGUGGGUUGGCCAUCGCCUGUCGCCAUGACAUCGGCAUCCUUGACGCCUUGGACGCAAUUCGCGACUUCAAUUUCACCUCUUUGAAUAGACCUGAACUCUCCGAUCGGUUUGUGCGAGUGGGACGUCAGAUUUUGAUCGACUCGCUCAACGAGCUCGAGCCUCGGCAACUGUUUCCGGCCGAGAAAGAACAGCAAAUCCAUCAGAUGGCCAGUCUCGACAUGUUUCUGUCGGAGAACUUUACGCAACUCAAGCACUCUUUGCCUUGGCAUAUUUUGUACGAGAACAUAACCACCGCCGACCGCCUCACCGCUCUGACCGGAGCCCAGUUCGCCCAACUCUGGAGCGAUUAUCGCGCCAGCCUGACCAACGAGGCUGACCUCGGCGACCGGUUGGCCGGACUGGAAGCGAGCGGCCAGAGCGUGCAACAGUUGGUGCAAGCAAUGUCCGAGUCGCUGGUCAAGACGGCCGGCGACCUCGACAGUCUGGCCAGCAUCGAGAAGAUAGCUCCACUCGCCAGUCAACUGCAGGAGAGCAUCGGCCGACUCAAGUCGCGGCUGGACAACAAAACGGAGCUGCUGGCCUUCGCAACCGACCUUUUCGACUCGGACAUUGCGGCCAGCACGCCGGCCAACGCGGCCAGACUGAUGAGCCUCCACGGGCCGGACAUUAUGCGUCCAGUUGGUCAGUGUCGGAGGCUGUACGACGCUUACACCGCGGGCACUCGAGCCGUGUGCACCGGCCUCGUGGCCGGCCUCAACGGGCUCUGGCUCUGCACAGGACUCUCCUUCCUCUUUGGCCUGGCCAGCCUCGGCUUGGCGCUGCUCCUUCUGCUCGAGGAGAAGCCGCUCCUUCAGCUCCGCCAGCCCCUCGGGCCAUCGCAACCGCCAAAGCUCGCCUCGCCCGCUGCAGAAGCCGAGGCCAGUCAAGCCGCCGGCCACGCCGCAUCCUCGCCGCCCGGCACCCUGGUCCAGGAGUCGAGGCGACGCAGAGCCAGAAUGGCCGAGGCCCAGAUUACGUCUGCCUCAACAGGACCCAAUGAGUCGUCUGCUCUAUCCUCGGCCGACGCCUAG